UUCUGCCUCAUUUCACAUCGACCUAACACAGAAGACCAAGCCCCAGAAUGGUACACAAAGUUGCAGUGAUUGGUGCCGGCCCGUCAGGGUUGACCAGUGUGAAGGCCUGUCUGGAAGAGGGCAUGGUGCCAACAUGCUUUGAGACCAGUGAUGACAUUGGUGGCCUCUGGAAGUUCAAGGAAGUGUCAGAACCUAACAGGGCCAGUAUCUACCGCUCCCUCACCAUUAACAUUUCCAAAGAGAUGAUGUGUUUCAGUGACUUCCCAAUUCCUGCUGAUUACCCAAAUUACAUGCACCACUCAAAAAUCCUGACAUACUUCAAAAUGUAUGCAGACCACUUCAAGCUACUGCGAUACAUUAAAUUCCAGUCCAUGGUAAAAAGUGUCAAACAAAGACCGGACUUUUCUCGCACUGGUCAGUGGGAGGUGGUGACAGAGAAUAAAGAUGGACAGGAGGAGAGACAUGUCUUUGAUGCAGUUAUCUGCUGCUCUGGACACUACACCUACCCCAACAUGCCACUCAAAGACUUCCCAGGAAUUGAGACUUUUGAAGGAAAAUACUUUCACAGUUGGGACUACAAGGGCUCUGAAGAAAUGCUGGGGAAGAGGGUGGUGGUCAUUGGCAUUGGUAACUCGGGAAGUGACAUUGCAGUAGAGAGCAGUAGAGUUGCAGAGCAGGUGUAUAUGAGCACCCGCCGUGGUGCCUGGAUCAUCCGUCAGGUGUCUGAUGAUGGUGUGCCAGUGGACAUGAAGUACAACACACGCUUUGCCCACAUCCUGUUCCAGUUGCUGCCAGUUAACUGGCUUAACUGGUAUGGAGAGAAAAAACUCAAUGCCAUGUAUGACCACACCAUGUAUGCCAUCAAACCCAAACACAGGCUCUUCAGUCAGAUCCCAAUCAUCAAUGACGACCUGCCUUUCAGAAUUCUGUCUGGGUCUGUCAUCCUGAAACCAAAUGUGAAGGAGAUUCGUGGCUCCACUGUCGUAUUUGACGAUGGCAGUAUUGUGGAGAAGGUGGAUGUUAUUGUGUUCGCCACAGGAUACAACUAUGGCUUUCCUUACUUGCCAAACAAUUUAUUGCACAGGUCUGGGCACCGUGUGGGUCUGUACAAGCAUGUUUUUACACCCAACCUUGAGCAUCACACUCUGGCUGUUGUGGGUUUCAUCCAUGCCCUUGGCGCCAUUAUGACACAAGCUGAGAUGCAGGCCCGCUAUGCUGCACGGGUCUUAAAAGGUCACAUAAAGCUUCCCUCCAGUGAGGUCAUGAUGAAGACAAUUGAGAAGGAUACCAAGGAGAUGGGAAAAAACUAUGUGCUCUCAAAGCUGGCACCAAUUCAAGUGGACUAUGUCACCUACAUGGACGAGUUGGCUGGAGACAUUGGAGCACGGCCAAGUCUUCUCUGGCUCUUCCUCACAGACUAUCCACUGUAUAAGAAGCUUCUGUGGGGGCCAAUGACAGCCUACCAGUAUCGUUUGGUGGGACCAGGGAAAUGGGAAGGGGCCCGUAAGGCGAUCUUCACCCAGUUCGACCGCAUGCGCCAGCCUUUGAAGACCAGAGAGCUGGAUGCACCAGAAGAGGGUUCCUUCACUGGCCGCCUUAUUAAGUUCACGCUGACCAUCAUGGCCGGAGGAGCUGCUGUCUACUACAUCCAUGUCCGCAACCCAACUGUCAUACCGACCCUGGUGUCCCGCCUCCAUCCACAGACUAUGUGAACAUGCCAUUUCAGUCAAAUUAUAAGUCAACGUUAAAA